AUGCUAAUGAAAGGCCCAGACUUUCUUACCUCUUUAUUUGCUGUUUUACUUCGUUUUCGUCAAAGAAACAUUGCGGUGUGUGGUGACAUCCGCGAGAUGUUUCACCAAAUAUUGGUGCGAGAAGAAGAUAAACAAUCACAACGAUUCUUAUGGCGAGACGAACCUUCUGAAGCAGUACAAAUCUGGGUCGUGGACGUCGCUACAUUUGGUGCAACGUGCUCCCCGUCUAUAGCACAGUACGUCAAGAUCAAACAUGCUCAUCAGUAUUUUAAUUCCUUCCCAAGAGCGGUCAGUAUAAUAAUUGACGACCACUAUGUCGACGACUGUCUUUUCAGUGUAGACACGGUCGAUGAAGCGGUACGGUUGAUGCAAGAGGUGAAAGCAAUUCAUGCGGCAGCUGGCUUCGAACUAGUUAAGUUCCAGUCGAACUCAAUGACUGUAAUUUCAUUACUAGGAGAAGCGGAUCGAACGCUAUGCAAACCAAUGAAGCUUGACCAGCAGGAAGAAUUCGAUCGAGUCCUCGGCCUGAUGUGGAUCCCGGGUGCGGAUAUUUUCACCUUUCAAGUGCCGGUAGAUGUACAUCAGAUAAUUGAUCACGCAACAGCACCUACAAAAAGGCAAAUUCUUCGAACCGUAAUGAAGAUCUUCGACCCACUUGGUUUUCUCGCUCAUUUCGUCAUCCAUGGAAAGGUCCUGAUGCAGGAGGUUUGGCGCACAGGCACAGGCUGGGACGAACCAGUAGCUGAACAUCUAGUCGACCAGUGGUUCCGGUGGGCAAAAAUGCCGAGCCAAAUUAGCGAAGUGCAAGUUCCCCUAUUCUUCUUUCGUGAUAACGAUCUAUGGAAGUUUAGAGAAGUAGAAAUUCAUGUUUUGACUGACGCCAGUGAAGAGGCAUACGCAUGUGUUGCAUAUAUCAGAGUUCCUAACGACUACGGCGGACGAUGUUCAUUCCUGGCCGCAAAGACGAAAGUUGCACCCUUGAAGCCGCUCUCCUUUCCGAGGCUAGAGCUGCAGGCAGCAAUGAUGGGAGCUCGACUAAUGCAGAUGGUUUGUUCGGCCCUCACACUCAACAUUAGCAAGCGCAUCUUAUGGACAGAUUCAGCGACAGUACUGGCGUGGCUUCGUUCAGAAUCUCGGAAGUAUCACCAGUUCGUAUCGUUCCGAGUCGGUGAAAUCCUAUCGAUCACCAGGAUGGACGAAUGGCGGCACAUACCGAAAAAACUCAACGUGGCUGAUGAUGCCACCAAAUGGGGUUCCGGACCAAAUUUCAACCCAAGUUGCCGCUGGUUUCAGGGUCCAACCUUCCUGAAUGAAUCUGAGGAGCAUUGGCCUAAGGAAUCCAAAGGUACCUUACAUGAAACAACAGAAGAACUGCGUGAAGUUGUUCUGCACCAUUCGGAUAUUGCGGAAGCAGUAAUAGAUGUUGAGCGUUUUUCGAACUGGCAUCGUCUUCUGCGUACAAUGGCUUACGUCUUCAAAGUGGCAUCAGUCGGCAAGAAGAUCAUCAGAGACGACAGUACAUACCUCAGUAAGGAUGAACUCAUCAAAGCAGAAGGUGCAUUAUUGCGUCAGGCUCAAACUCAAGCAUAUUCCAGUGAAAUAGAAUGUUUGCAAAAAAGAAUGGCAUUAGUAAAAUCUAGUUCUCUAUAUCCGUUAGUACCGUUCUUGGAUGAAGCGGGUAUUAUAAGAGUCAGCGGUCGUACAGAGGGUGCUUCACUGAUCCCGUACUCAGCCAGGUACCCUAUAGUUCUUCCAAAGACACACAGGGUUACCAUGCUGAUAGUCGACAGCUACCAUAAAAAGUUCCUUCACGCAAACGGGGAAACCGUUUGUAAUGAAAUAAGGCAAAAGUUUUUCAUACAAAGUCUUCGCUCCCUCGUUUGGAAAGUAAGUCGAAGUUGCCAGUUGUGCAUGAUCAGGAAAGCGGUACCUGCUCCCCCAUUGAUGUCACCACUCCCCAAAGUACGAUUAACACCGUUCAUACGUCCGUUCACUAAGAGGCGUCGACUACUUCGGGCCUCUGGAGGUUAAAGUUGGAAGGAGUGUAGUCAAGAGAUGGGUGUGUUUGUUCACCUGUCUCACAAUACGUGCGAUUCAUCUGGAGGUUUGUCACGGUUUGUCUACGAUCUCAUGCGUAAUGGCCUUUAGGAGGUUCGUGGUGAGGCGUGGAGCACCAUUGGAAGUAUAUAGUGACAACGGGACCAACUUUGUUGGCGCAAAUCGGCUGUUGUCGGAAGAGAGAAACGCGUGCAACAGAUUAACAGAGAUUGUGCUUCAACAUUUACGAACGCCCACACUAAGUGGUACUUCAACGUUCCCGCUGCUCCACACAUGGGGGGACCAUGGGAGCGUAUGGUCAGGUCGGUUAAAGUAGCUAUGAAGGCUAUAACGAACAAUUCCCGUCAUCCAAGUGACGAAGUAUUGGAGACUGUAUUGCUGGAGGCAGAAGGAGUCAUCAAUUCACGACCGUUGACUUACGUUCCCUUGGAGAAAGAGGAACAAGAGGCUCUAACACCGAACCACUUUCUGCUGUAUAGUUCCAGUGGGGUAAAGCAACCAAUCACUGCUCCAGUCGACAACGUAAGCGCAUUACGGGAUAGUUGGAAACUAGCACAACAUAUGGUAGACGAAUUUUGGCGUAGGUGGAUUCGCGAGUACCUGCCAAUGCUGACGCGGCGAACGAAAUGGUUCGAGCGAGUGAAACCGCUAGAACCAGGAGAUUUGGUGAUUAUUAUGGACGAGGACCAGCGAAAUCGGUGGGAAAGAGGACGUGUUCUGGAGACUUACCCGGGUAAGGAUGGCCAAGUUAGACGGGUAAAAGUACAAACCGCGAGAGGAGUAUUUUCCAGACCCGCUGUGAAGUUAGCGGUUCUAGAUGUUGGAAGAUCGGCCGGUUCUGAGAAUCAAGCAUCGGAAACGGAAGUGGAUCACGGGUCGGGGAAUGUUGCGGUAGAUACUGGGCACACUGCAUCGGAGUGAAUCCACUGACCAUUCCCUCGCGCGGGCACUCUGACGUUUGUAACGGAAAUGGAAAAAAAGUCAUAAUCAGUGAGUUAUAGAUAUCGUUUGGAAGCGUAGUCGGAUUGUUUAAAUCAGAAAUCGGAGUAUUUUGUUAGCGUAGAUAAGGUUUAUUGCCGUUUUUGAGCUGUGAAAGAAAAUCUAAGACGAGAUUAGUAAGUAACAAACAAUAUUCAUCUGAAAAUUGGUGGAAAUUUCAAUUUCUAUAUGUUUGCAUUUGGACCUCGUUGCACCUUUGUUGCAUCCCAGAAGUAGAAUAGAACCGAGUUAGUCGAGAAGAGAAACUGAAACACUGAAAAUGUAAGAAAUUUAUUAUUUGAUUCCAUCAGAUGUAUGUAACAUGCCUUAAUAAAUUACAGCUUUAAAGCUGCUGGAAUAGCACGCUAAAAAAACCGUGUUUUGGAUCUUCUUCGAUAACAUAAACAUUUGCCUGAUGUUUGUGCAGAUAGAAUAAGGAAUGAAUCAAAGAUUGGACAAUUUUUGGAUGGAACUUAUAGCUCAGUCGAGGAAAGAACUUCCAAAUUUGACCUUGUGAUAAAAGUUCUGAUUCUAUCGCGUGGCAAUGCAUCAUUGAAGAGAGGAUUUUUAUCAACAAAGAGUGCAAAAGUCUUAGGCGCAGAGAAUCGUGUACGAUGUAACCAAAAAUGCAGGAGGUGUUGUCGUAACGAAAUCACUCAUCCAUUACUGGUGCAAUGUUCACUCAAGAUACGUGGAGUCCAGUGUUGCCAGACGUACAGAUUUAUCUGGAAAGGUACAGAUUUUUUGUUAUUUUUGGUGCAGAUUCUGUACGGUACAGAUUACAGAUUUUCGUCAAAAAGUACAGAUUGGUACAGAUUUUUUCCGCGUGUGAAAUUUCUCUCGAAGAUGUUAUUGAAUGAUAGUACGCAAUCUACUAUGACUAUGUAUAAGCAUCAUCAAACACACGAGUGAUUCGAAGCUAGCAAAUGUUAAUGUACAUUGUAGUAAGUAAAUCUAGAUAUAAAGUAAGCAAGUAAAUAUAAUAUUUUCUAGUAAACAAAUGAGUUUUUUUUCAUAUUUUGUGAUGAAUAAUUCAGAUAGUACAAAUUUUUUGAAGAAAAACAGGAAGUGGGUUAUAUCUAUGGUAUAACCGCAAGGGUGACGUAGGACUAUCGUUGAUUUAGAGAUCAUUUGUUUGAAGUUGAAUCUAAAUCCAUUCUGAAUGAAUAAAUAAAUGAAUAUUUGGGGGACGAGAAAACG